GCUGUGGGCCGGCUGAAUGGGCGGGAAGGAUCAAUGGUGUGUAACGAUAAGAGGUUAUUCCCGGUCUGACAGCGCUGAUUGGGGUUGCACGGCAUGGGCUGUGCCGGGCUGAUGGAAGGGCUGGAAGGGGAGGUUUAUCUCCGGACGGGGUUACCAAGGUUGGAUUCGAUGUCGAAUUUGGUGAUUGAUGUUUGAAGGUAGUAGCGCCUGUCUGGGGAGAGGAGCGUUAGUUUGGGGAUGGGAGGUGGUUCGAGAAUGGGGGCUGUGGUGGGAGUCUGAGUGGUGCAUGUGGAUAUAAGAUGAAAGGGGCAGAUCUUGGAUGGCGAUGAUGGUCCUGUAUCGAGAUUGAAAAAAAUCCAUCUGGCGAGAAGACACCCAGCCACAAAACCUCAGCGUCAGCGUAACAUGCACGGCAAACCGACCCACCCCCUAAAGGUGGUCAUCCCCCCUUCUAUUCUGCCAGAAGCAGUCUUCCACCCAGACCACGAGCAAAUCGACCGUCAUGUCAUGACAUACCUCGUCAGCACAUGGGAAUGGCCGUCGGAAAAACACAAACAGGCGUUCAUCAGUUGGAAGCUGAGCGAAGUCGUGCUGUUUAUGUUUCCCACGGGGGAGGCGGAGCGUGUGAAGCUCGCGUGUGAGCUUUUACUCUUAGGCUUCCUCAUGGAUGACUACUUUGACAAAAACACCCUCUCCACCAACGCCAGCACCGUCUCCUCUCUUCACUCCCUUUUGACCUCCCCCGAGAUGACUGUUCCGGUGACAACAAUCGACAGCAUGCACGCGGGUUUGUUUGCCAAGUUCUUGACGUACCCCAACUCGGCGCCUAUACUUGAAGCGUAUUUGGCUAUGCUUGACUGCCACUGUGUUCCCUCACGCGGACCAUCCUCACUCUCUUCUCUAAAAGAAUAUCUAGUGUUUAGGGAGACUGACGUUGGGAUGCCGAUUUGUGUUGAGUUACUCUACUGGACAGACCCCGCUCUGGCAGGUAUUACGGCUGAUGAGAAAAGGAUGUUGAGACCGUUGGAAAAACUGGCGAAUUAUCACGUCAGUAUAUUGAAUGAUGUUUUUAGUUUUGAGAGAGAAUGGCAAGCGGCGGAGAUGAAUGGAGAGGAGGGAGGGGCGUUGGUGAAUGGGGUUGCGGUUUUGGCGGGGGAGGUGGGUAUUGGGGUUGAGGCGGCGAGGGGGUUGUGUGUUAGGCUUGUGAGGGCUUGGGAGGGGGAGUUUGUGAGGUUGAAGGGGGAGAUGCUGGUCGAGGGGAGGUUGUGGAGGGCAGUGGAGGGGAUUGAGAGGAGGAUGAGUGGUGCGGAGGCUUUUUCUUGGAGGACGGGGAGGUAUUUGUGA